UUUAUCUUUAAAUACCAACCGCACCAUCACAUUCCAGAGAAGCGCGCGCUUUGCAGAGGUUCGGUUUAAGUUACAUCGUUAUUUAUAUAAUGAUGCGCAAAAAAGUUGAUUGCGGAUUAAUAUUGAGGUAUAAAUAGUCUGGGAGAACAGCAAUGGGCAUCAAUUAUUCCCUCGACAAGAACGUAUAGAUAUCAAAAAGGACAAACGACAUGCGAUGGAGGUAAUUGCAUCAAAUAAGGGUGGAAUGAAGGUCAUAUAUGAGGGGCAUAUGUACACGAAAGUAUUUGAGGGCAAGGUGUCCAUUCUUUGGAAGUGUGUGAGGCGUACACGUGGGUGCAAAGGAACCUUAAAAACAGAUCUCAAUCGGGCCCAACCGAACACAGCUAACCCACACAACCAUGACGUUGACCUAGUAGGAGCGGAGAUAGCAAAAGCGCGGCAGCAAAUGAAGGCACGGGCAUCGACAACCAAUGACACACCCAAACAAAUUUACACUGAUACGGUGAGAAAUCUGCCUAGAGAAGCACAGGGAAGUCUUCCGAGCCGCACCGUUAUCAGAAGGACAAUCUUAAAUCAACGCAGAGGACCUCUGGAGCCUGCAACCCUAGCAGAAUUGAACAUGAACCCAGAACAAACGAUGACGGAUGGGCCCAACCCAACGCAGUUCCUCCUAUACGACAACGGUCCACAAGCUCGGAGUAGAAUCAUUGCGUUCGCCACAGAGGAGUGUCUUACCCACUUCGCAAAUGCCCAACUUUGUUUUAUGGAUGGCAAUUUUGCCAUGUCUCCGAAACUUUUCAAACAACUUUACAUCAUUCGAGUGCCUCUGGGGGAAGUGGAAAUCACUGUGCUUUACGCCUUUUUGCAAAACAAAUCCAGAGAAACAUAUCAAGAAUUGUUCCAAGCGGUGCUGGACAAGAUUGCAGAACUAGGACUCCAACCCAUGCUUGCCACAAUCAUAACUGAUUUCGAGAUUGCCGCCAUGCGAGCAGCAGAGGCAGUUUUCACCCCUCAUCGAAACCAGGGGUGCUUCUACCACUUGACGCAGUCAACCUGGAGGCGCGUACAGGAGCUUGGUUUGGGAGAGCACUAUCGUGAAGAUGCUGACUUCCGCCACUUCGUGGGAAUGCUUGAUGGAUUGGCGUUCCUACCGGAAGGAGAUGUGGUGCGAGGCUUCGAGUACGUGAAUGCCGUCGCUCCUCCGGAGGGCAAUGCUCUAUUGCAGUACUUUGAGAGAACGUAUAUCAGAGGGCCUGAGCAGCAACGACAAGGACAGCAAUUCAACAUGCGCUACCGCCUCCCAGCCAUCUUCCCACCGCAUGUCUGGAAUGUGCAUCAGGCCACAAUAGACGGCAAUCCGCGCACAAACAAUGCGUGCGAGUCAUGGAACUUCGGCUUCUUAAAGCAGGUGGGACAUUAUCAUCCGACCUUCUGGAAAGCCGUGAAAAACCUGAAGGCAGAGCAAGCAGCGGUUGAAGUCGCGAUUUCCCAGUUCAUGAUGGGAAACCCACCACGGAAGGAAACCAAGAGGGUGUACCGUGAUCUGCAGCAGAGGCUCCGCAACCUUUGCAUGGACUUGCGUGAUGGAAGGCGCGACAUGGUACAGUUCCUUCACGCAAUCAGUCACAACAUAAGACCACUACGAAUACUGAAUGUGGAGGCUGAUGAAGACUAAACAUGCUGAACUACCUCGUCUGAAUUUUUAGGACGGCCUGAAAUGAGACUCUCCUUUUAUGUGUUUACCUGCAAUCUGGCAACUGUGUUGCUGUGUUAGUGUUAGGUGUUCGUUUUUUCUUUAUUUUAAGUUGCAUGGAAGGGCACUGUAUUUUUGUUUUCACUCUUUUCGUUACUCGUUCAGAUCUUAAAGUUUGUACUACUUCAGCUGAUAUAAGAGACAUUUAUCAGUAGAAACUAAUUGUAAUCAGUCAAAUGUGAUACGUAGGUGAUUGAUAAGUGAUAACAUAAGUAUUCGUACAUUUAAAAAUCAUGAUAAUGUCAAUCAGGCGUACAAUGACAACAGUUAUUGCUAUACAGGCCGCACGGAGAGACUGAAGUUAUUAAAUUCCACACAUCUACAAUUUUAUGCGCCUCAUGUUUAAAUAUUUAGACUUUGCAUUUUUCUUAUUUUAUUUUGAAUAGAUCUUUUUUUUUUUAAUGAAGUUGCCCCAUAGAUAAGUGUUAUUUACUUUGAGUGAUCAAACUCUGAAAUUGACCAAUUCACGAGCAAGUUGAGCAACACAUCAGAAACAUAGUUUUACUGUACACAUUUGUAGCACAAUGAGACUGCCUGCAUGAUAAUACUGUUUACGGGAUAUUUGGUGCAGGAUUUAUAAAAGGUGUGCUGGCAUAUUUAUGCGACAAUUUCCAGCAGAUACAUAUUCGUUCAAGUCAACACAUUAUACAUAAUGCAUCAGGAAUUUGGUAGGAAACAAACCCGGUUGAAUUUGAGGGAUUUAAACUGUAUUUCUAUCACGGGUUUUAAUCACAAACAUGAUUUUAUUAAAGUUACACCGUGUUAUGUUUAACCCAACAAAUACAAUCAUUUCUACCUUUCGAAACGUACUGCAUAAAGUCGAAAACACAUGACAAGAUACAUGGCUAGAUAUGUCUCUACGUUUACAUGUAAACCUACUAUCCAAACAUUCACCAAGCGAAGCUUUGAUAUUGUUUGUUAAACUUUUGAAAUAAAGUAUUGAUGAAGGAGAAAAA